AUGGCGCUCUUCUUGCCGCCCUGGCAAUCCCAACUGCCCAACAAGAUCGAUAUAUCUCUCCCAAGAUGCUCUAUCGAUACUGUUCAUUCACACUCGUCUUUCCUGACCCAAGCGAGUGGGCAUUUUAUUUUGCUGAGCGAAGCGAGGCAAAAUUAUAAGUUAGGAGCCAACAACACACCAGGUACCACUGCACUCCAGCUUAACAGUGGGAUUUCGGUGGCGCCUGGUAACUAUAUGGUUUUGGAUUUAACUAGGGCACCAAUUACCAUCGAGCUGACAACCAACUAUGCGCCCCGCCGUGUCAGAACUCAAGAUACCGGAACUCAAGACACCGAUUUCCAAUCCCAGGGCCGGAGUGAAUGGAGUCGUCUGCAAACGAAAUUCCGGAAUAGCCUCCGCCAAAGAGACGGUUGCUGUGCAAUCACUGGGCAGAAUAGGGCAAGCAGCUUUAAAGACCCUUUCCGCGGUCUCGAUGCUACACAUGUGUUCCCUGUGAGCAGUAUACAAGAGUGGAGACGAGAUGGAUACCAGCAGUAUAUCACGGACCCUCUCCCCUCGACCGAGAUUGGGCAGUCGCGUAUAUACUCUGCUCAGAAUGGGCUCCUCCUCAGCGCAGAUAUCCACUCCCUAUUUGAUAGUUUCGAACUGGGGAUUGACCCAGAUGUGAGACUCUUCGUAUACGAUAUUUUGUCGGCUAACUACAAGAUCAUCGUAUUCGGACCGGAUCAUACAGGAAUAGGCGGUACUCGCCUCAGAGACUCUGCUCGGAGUGGAACCUGGCGUGUGAGCGCCGACCUCCUUCGUUGGCACCUGCGGAUGUGCCUGUACAACAACCUGAAGACCAAUGCCGAGCCGCAGACAGUAUGGGAGGAGGAUCUUGGAGAAGACUCGAUGGGCGAAAUUCUCAGCCAGCCAGAUGUGGCUGAGCGGAUGGAAGUUGAGCUUUUCACGCGCCUGGGAGAACUGAUAGCAUGA